CAGUCUGAAGAAUUUUCGGAAAGGCCCGAUAGUGAGCUACGUGAGGUUUCUCGACUACACUCAUGAUCAAGUAUAGCUCGGGGAAAGGGGACAUCCGCAUGCGCGUCUACGUUGUAUCGCGGGUGGUCAUAAAGAUUAAAGAGUCGUGAAAGCGGUAAAAGUGCGUUCUCCAAACUAUAAUGAGGGUAACAUUUCGAAAAGAGAUUGUUAACUAUUGCAAUAAAAACUGCGGAAGUGCGGAUGCGGGAUGUCAUUCUUGUCUCUUUGAAUAUUGGCGCUUCCAAAAGAUGGCGUAGGUAUAAUUUUAAUAUAUGAAAGGUAUAUAUAUAUAUAUAUAAUUACGCAACAGCGCCAACAGCUCCGAAAACAGGUCUCGUCUUUCGAAAGUCAAUUUACAGACAGCUCAAAGAGCACAUUUUGUUCACUGGGUGGGGACUGGGAACCCUUGUCCUAUUCCGUGAAUCUGUGCAUCGCCUACUUGCAUAUCCCCCAGUCCAAAGUGUGCAAGUGCGCGAGCGACCGAGAGGAGCGACGAUCGUGUGAAUCGAAAUGGCGACUGCAGGGUGUAAUCGUCGUGUUCCUUGGCUCCCAAUCUCCCAUAGACACACCUUGCACAUCCUCGCCACCAGUUGUUAGAUAAUUAGAUACCAACAAGCCUACUCACUGUAAAGCAGCCGUAUUUUUACCUUCGUUCUUCUCCUUCGCUGCUAUCUCGGCGACAACUCUGCAGAGUCCAGGCACCUUGGGAAAGACGUCACGCGCAGCGAGAUACUUACAGAUUACAAGCCAAGCGCGCUAGUCGUCCCGUAAACGUCUCCUCGAGCUGCAGUAGCAGCGCAUCGACCUUACGACUCGCAACAACAACAACAAUAACAACGGACGCGCUUGCUUCGUAGCUACCUAUAGGUAUGCAGCAAAGAAAAAAUCUAGUGCCGCGAGCUGGCCCAGGACGAGCAAGAGUCUCAAGAGCAGCAACAGUCACCCAGAGGAUUCCACAUUCUUGAGUUGCGGCUGGUCCUGCAGCUCUCAGCCUCUAACAAGUGCCUUGUCUGCAGCUGUCACGUCUGCUCAUUUGCUUUGAUGUUUCUUUCGAACGGUGAAAAGAAUGUCAGUUGCCCUGAUUCCUGGAGCAGCUAUCAGAGUUUUAUAUUAGCCAAAAACAGCCAGUAGCCACCUCUCUGCCUUGUUUGAUAUAGGCUAUCAAAUUUGAAGAGUAUUGAAUGAAGAAACCAUGUCCCAGCUGAGUUUAACUACAAAGCGAGGCCGUGGUGCCGCUAGCACCUCAACCUUCUCAGUCUCUGCGCUGAGCAGCUCCACAGACCUGGCCAGUCUCUUUGAGUGUCCUGUGUGCUUUGACUAUGUUCUGCCACCCAUCCUACAGUGUCAGAGUGGUCACUUAGUUUGUAGUACCUGCAGACCUAAACUCACUUGUUGCCCUACGUGCCGAGGACCUCUAGGGAAUAUUCGUAAUCUUGCAAUGGAAAAAGUGGCUAGCAAUGUCAUGUUUCCCUGCAAGUACUCUACUAGUGGUUGUGCAGCAACAUUGGUGCAUACAGAAAAACCUGAUCACGAGGAUACCUGUGAAUUCCGUCCAUAUAGUUGUCCCUGCCCAGGUGCCUCUUGCAAGUGGCAGGGAGCUCUAGAAAUGGUGAUGAAUCAUUUGGUAAUGAGUCAUAAAAGUAUAACCACCCUUCAAGGUGAAGACAUUGUUUUCCUAGCGACUGAUAUCAACCUACCUGGGGCUGUAGACUGGGUAAUGAUGCAGUCCUGUUUUAAUCAUCACUUUAUGCUUGUACUUGAAAAACAAGAAAAGUACGAUGGCCACCAGCAGUUCUUUGCUAUAGUCCAGUUGAUUGGUUCAAGAAAGCAGGCAGAAAAUUUUGCUUACAGAUUGGAGUUAAACGGCCACCGACGACGGCUCACGUGGGAGGCGAUGCCACGAUCCAUCCACGAGGGCGUCUCGUCGGCCAUCCUCAAUUCGGAUUGCCUCGUAUUCGACACCUCGAUCGCCCAGCUGUUUGCGGACAAUGGCAACCUCGGCAUCAACGUGACUAUCUCGAUGGCAUGAGGCAAAGCCGUCCCCCCGUCCGGCUUCUGAACCUGUCGCGUCACCGACGCUGCCGACAAGCGGCACUCGGUGUGAAUUCGCAUGCAGAUAAUGUCAAAUCAAGGAACAAAGAUGGCAUGAAAAUUCAAUAAAAUAGUGUGCACAACAAGGGUAUACAGACUCGAGAGUAUUAUGCUUAUACACACACUGAGACUUUAAUCAGGAGACUAAUGCGAAGGAUUGAGUGUUUGUGAUACUAACGUUCUAAAAAGGAAAACAAAUAAGUAUACAUAUAUAGUAUACACACACACACACACACACACACACACGCGCGCGCGCAUAUAUCUUUCGCUUUGCGAAUUAUUUCUUUCUCACGUCUGUACCGUUUAUUGGAAGUAACUGCCUCUCCGAGUUUCAAUUUUUACCGAAUCGAUGCAAGGAGUUUCUUACGAAUUAAACGACGCGGUUUGCACAAUGGUGUAUUAGUUUUAUAACGCUUGUGGGAACACGAAAUACUGGUGAAUAUUAUGCUGAUUUAUAUAUUGAUGAAACUUUCGAUAAAAUUAUCAAUUCAUCGAUAAUUUACUGAUUAUUUCAUUUGUGGAAAAAAUCAAUCGCAGUUAAAUAAUAGGUGAAGACUGAAAAGCAUUGGUAUUUCACGUCACCUCGAAGCAUGUUAAUGGACAAUUAAGCUGUCUUAAAAAAAACUCAAAGCUUUAGCCUUUUCUAUUAUUGCAAAGAGACGAGAAUAAUCUGUACUGAAUGCUUGAAAUUUUAAAAGUAGUUCAUGGACCUAACAGAUACAAACGGUUCUCCACGUUAUUUUAGUGUAGCAUUCUAUCAUACCCGGUCGUUCGAAUUCUGUCUGAAAAUUGUUCUAAACGUGAAGAACGUCUUUGUUUUUUUCGAACCAUCCGGUUGUUAUAAGUAAGUGUGUUUUUAAGAUAUUUAUUUUCGAUAUCAAUCUAAAGUAUGGAUUUUUGUUUAUUCUUGACAAUUUGCACUCAGGAGAGAUUGCGGCGGGGACGACCCGUCGCCUUUCUUGUAUACGUACGUCAAAUUUAUUCGUAGGAUGGUUCAGACUGAAUUGUAAAUUGUACUACCAUAAAAACUAAUCUAGCUAUGUAAAUGAAAGUUUGAUAAGAUAAUUAUAAUAUACUAUGAUUAUUAUUAUUAUUAUAAUUGAAGAAUGGUGACAUUAAUUAUAAAGAGAUCGUUGAACCGUCACAUCAAAGAGCCUUGAUGUGAGUCGCGUUUCGCAAAUAAAAGUUCAUUUUCGAAGUUUCUCUGAAACGGUCUAUACAUAUAUUUGCUUUUGGCUGCGCAGGAUGCAGUUAAAAUCAAGAGCGCGUCUCUGACUAUUUUAUAUUAUAUAACAAGGAAGAAUCAAGUUCCCUGAGCUUCUCAAGAUUAUCCGUUCAUACAAUGUUUUAAUAUUGUAUAAAUCCACUCUAAUCCAAACUUCAGACAACUUGUGUGAUUUUUAUAACAGACUAAAGAUGAGUGUACUUUUCGAACAAAUAAAACAAAGCUUUCGAAAUUAAUGAGUCACAAAAUUGUGUAAUAACAAACAUGACAAUUUCAAUAAACGUAGAUCUUACCUGCUAUGUGAUAAAGACUUAGAACUUUAGAAAAAUAAUGGGGAAAACGUUUGCAUGUCUGCACUUGGAAAGUUUUCGAUCAUAGCAGUAAUAAUUUACUGGAAAAAAAAAUAAACAAAAUUACGUAUAGGCUAUCAAAUGAAACGUAAAUUGCAAUUUUUGAACUCGUCGCUAUAAGAGAAGUAAAAA